AUGGAUUCCAGGCACAAACAGAUCAUCAGUAUUUUUUGUACCAGCUUCUUCACCUUCCAGCUUCUUUUCCACUUUGUAAGCUAUUGGUUUUCAGCAAAAAUUUCCUCGGGUUUUAAUAGUCUCAGCUUUGAAAAGAAGAUUGAAUGGAACUCAAGGGUAGUAUCUACAUGCCAUUCUUUGGUGGUUGGGAUUUUGGGCCUGUACAUUUUCCUAUUCGAUGAGGUUAGCCAGGCCGAUCCACUCUGGGGCGAUUCAUCCCUUGUGACCGUGAAUCUUGCUAUUGCUUCAGGCUACCUCAUGUCUGAUUUGUUGCUCCUCAUUUUGUAUUGGAAAAUCAUUGGUGACAAGUUUUUCAUACUUCACCAUUCUGCGGCGCUGUAUGGGUACUUCUUUGUCCUGAAAGAUGGAGUGCUGGGCUUUAUUGGGAAUUAUCGGCUGCUCGCGGAGCUUUCCAGCCCUUUUGUGAAUCAACGGUGGUUCUUUGAGGUCCUGCAGUAUCCUAAGUUUUCCAAGGCUAAUGUCAUCAAUGGAAUACUCAUGACCCUAGUAUUCUUCUUUGUACGUAUCGCCACCAUGCCACCUAUGUAUGGCUACAUGUAUUCCGUGUAUGGAACAGAACCCUACAGAAGACUUGGACCGUUAAUACAGUUCAUCUGGAUCUCUGCUUGUCUCAUUUUGGAUGUGAUGAAUAUCAUGUGGAUGAUCAAAAUUACAAAAGGCUGUAUCAAAGUCAUCUCUCUUAUCAGACAAGAGAAAACCAGAAAUAAUCUUCAGAAUGGGAAACUCGAGUAAAGGUGUGCUUUCCAAGGCGCCUUUGCUUAGAUAAACAAUUUUCACUAUCACCCAGCAUUAUCUCUGCUGAUAGGAUGAAUUCUUGGCAUGUUCUUAAUGCUUCUUUAUUAAUUAUAAUUGUUAUUCAGGGUUUCAGUGUCUUUUUUCUUUUGUAUCUUUUAGAAAAGACGAACUAAAUUUUAGUGUUCAUUUUUCUCCCCUUUAUAAGCAUGGGUAAAACUUUAAAGGUUUCAAUAAAGAUUAUAUACUAGUGAAUCUUUUCAGAAAUCUCUUGACCUAUACUGAUAUUUUUUCUCAAUGGAAAGAGAAUUUGGUGCACUAGGUAUGUGCCACCAGUUUUCCUGAACGAAUAGGAAGAAUUACUUUUGAAUCUGCAAAUAGCUCUUAACUUUUGUUAUGCUGCAGUCUUUUCUUACUCUGGCCGUCAACGCCAAUAUAAGGUUUAAUUUCUGAA